AUGCCAGGUUCGGAAGGGCACGCUGCUUUCCAAAUUGCCCCGACCCAAGGCGAUAAUAUCAUCGUACCGAUAGAGAUGUACCAGGGCUCGAAGCAGGCGGACGAGAAGCGCCAGCGAAAUGCAGGAGCGUCUGCGCGGUUUCGGCAGCGGAAAAAGGACAGGGAAGUACAACAGGCUAUCAACAUCCAGAAGCUGGAGGCUCAGAACCGCGAAGUCGAAAAGAGACUGCAAGAUGCAGAGGCCGAGCGCGACAGAUACCGUGCGGAGCGCGAUCGGCUCCGCGACAUCGUGUACCGGACGCCUGGGACCAGCGAACUCGCUUUCCAGGGACCCCCGAGCCCUAACUCGGCCAGAAGCGGUGGCUCCUUCGCGGAGAGGAGCCCCCUCGUGCCUGCUACUAGACCGCCGACGUCGAUGCCUAUACAGCAGUACGGAGCCGCCGAUCCGACAACGGGCGAGAGGGCAUCUCGGCGGCGGAGGACAGAUUCUCAGCUGGAAUACUCCUCUCAUGCAUAUGGUUCGACUCCCAGUACGCUCCCGCCGAUCCACCAACCCAGUUACCCGACAACCCUCUCGCAGCCAGGAACGCCAUCGGCAGGGGCGCCUCCGAGACUCCCGCCGUUGCGAUCCGACCCGCCUUCCGGGACACCUACGACCGCACCCUCGGCCACGAACACACCCGUGCAAGGCUACACACCGUUCAAAAGAGAACCCUACGAGUCCGGAUGGGCGACACGGCCCAGCGGCCCCCACGAUCCCGGCCAGCGCUAA